CUCAUCAUUCCUGAAACACACUCAGCGGCGGCGGGCAGAUGAGAGACAAUCACCCCGUCACUCCGCAUCCACACCUCCACCAUCACCAUCCUCCUCCUCCUCUUCAUCGUCACCCCAUCAUCAUCAUCUGACGGACUUCAUCCCGCGGGCAGGACUUACUUUUUGAGGAAUUAUUCUUGGGAAAAGGACUACGGAAAACUAAGCGACACUCAAUCGGUGCCUUUGGGGAACUUCGCUAAACUCACUUUUUGCGGACAUAGAGAUAUUUUAUCCGUGUUUUAUACACAAGUAACGCUUAAAUAUCACAUUUGGGGGGCGUGUCAUGUUAUUCCUGUUUGUUUUGAGGAAAAUUCCCUUUGAGGACGAGCUAAAAUCGGUUAGCCUGCUAGCCAAACGUCUUUAUUAGCCGGAUCAUUAGCAUCAGUUAUUUUAACCCGUUAAAGUUGAACAAACUGGGGGUGUUUGAUAGUCUAUAUACAUGACAUGUUUUGACACUAGUAGUUGUUGAUAUUAAUACACGAUUUGUUGUAUUUAUAUGAGAGAAAACUGGUUAAGAUACAUUGUGUCGCGGGAAUGUUGUUAGCUCGUUAGCUUGAGUAGCUACAGAAAGGCACUUAAAUGUAAGUUAAUAUUUACAAAACGCCAGAGAAACUCCAAGGAAUUUUUAGAUAAAUGUCUUAAAUUGUUAUUUUUUUAUUCCCUCAUUUGGUGGUUUUGUUGAUCUACAUCAAAAGAUGUAGUGAAAAGUUUUAUUUGGUAUGAAAUUAAAAUUAGUUUUGAGUUUACUGCAGUGUUGUGACUGCAUUUCGCUGUCAUAAUGGGUGGGAGAUAUUUAUAGCUAUUUUACAGAUCCCCUCCAAAGAGUUCUCGCGUAUUUGGAUCAAUUUUAAUAACAUCACACUAUAUUUUUUUGGACUGACAUUCGUUUGGAACCAUGUCUGGAGAAGUGCGUUUGAAAAAGCUGGAAAAACUGAUCCUGGAUGGUCCUGUCCAUUCCAAUGGACAGUGUUUUAGUGUGGAAAGUCUUCUGGAUGUUCUAAUCUGCCUUUAUGAUGAGUGCAUCAACUCCCCACUCAGAAGAGAGAAGAACGUUGCUGAGUUUUUGGAAUGGGCCAAGCCAUUCACCUCUAAAGUGAAACAGAUGCGGUUGCACAAGGAGGACUUUGAGAUCCUGAAGGUCAUUGGUCGAGGAGCUUUCGGCGAGGUAGCAGUUGUAAAGGUGAAGAGUUCAGACAAGGUGUUUGCCAUGAAGAUCCUCAACAAGUGGGAGAUGCUGAAAAGAGCAGAGACGGCAUGUUUCCGGGAGGAGCGGGAUGUGCUGGUGAAUGGGGACUGUCAGUGGAUCACCAGACUGCACUAUGCCUUUCAGGAUGAUAACUUCCUGUACCUGGUAAUGGAUUACUACGUGGGUGGUGACCUCUUGACUCUUCUCAGCAAGUUUGAGGACCGUUUACCAGAGGAGAUGGCCCGAUUCUACCUGGCAGAGAUGGUUAUAGCGAUCGAUUCUGUGCAUCAGCUCCACUAUGUCCACAGAGACAUCAAGCCGGAUAACAUUCUGAUGGAUGUGAACGGACACAUUCGACUUGCAGAUUUCGGCUCCUGUCUUAAACUCACAGAGGAUGGAACGGUGCAGUCCUCCGUCGCUGUGGGCACUCCCGACUACAUCUCUCCUGAGAUCCUGCAGGCCAUGGAGGAUGGGAAAGGGAAAUAUGGGCCGGAGUGUGACUGGUGGUCACUUGGCGUCUGCAUGUAUGAGAUGCUGUACGGGGAAACUCCUUUCUAUGCUGAGUCCCUGGUGGAAACAUACGGCAAGAUUAUGAACCACAAGGAGCGGUUCCAGUUCCCUGCUCACGUGACAGACGUCUCUGAAAAUGCCAAAGACCUGAUCCGCAGACUCAUCUGCUGCAGAGAGCACAGGCUGGGUCAGAACGGCAUCGAAGACUUCAAACAGCAUCCUUUCUUCACCGGCAUUGACUGGCAGAACAUCCGCAACUGUGACGCCCCCUACAUCCCUGAAGUCAGCAGCCCAUCUGACACGUCAAACUUCGAUGUAGAUGACGACUGCCUCAAGAACACGGAGACAAUGCCGCCUCCUUCCCACACAGCCUUCUCAGGACACCAUCUCCCAUUUGUAGGAUUCACCUACACCAGCAACUGUACGCUGUCCGACCGCGGUUGCCUGCGGGAAUCUGUGGCACCUGCGCAAAUGGAUGCGUCCGUGCAGCGCGGCCUGGAGGACAGUCUGGCUACUGAGGCGUACGAGCGGCGGAUCCGCCGUCUGGAGCAGGAAAAGCUGGAGCUCAGUCGCAAAUUACAAGAGUCCACAAAAACGGUUCAGGCUCUGCAGCACUCCAGCGGGGACGCGCCUGUUUCCUCCAACAGAGAGGUCGAGAUCCGUGGACUGAAGGAGGAGUUAGAAAUGCUAAGGAAACAGAUCGCAGAUACAGGACGGGUGGAGCAAAAGUUAGAACAGGCCAGUUCUGCCCGCAGAGAUCUGGAGGACUCCUCCAAACAGGUCCGGUCUCUGGAGAAACAGCUCAAGAGCAUGAAGCAGGAGAGAGAUGAUCUGCAGAAGAGUCUGCAGGAGUCGUCCGAGAAGCUUAAGACUCAAGGGAAGGAGCUGAAGGAGGCGGACAGCCAGAGGAAAAUGGCCAUGCAGGAGUUUGCCGAGGUGAGCGAGAAGGUGACGGAGCUGCGGUCACACAAGCAACGACUCUCCCGACAGCUCCGGGACAAAGAGGAGGAGAUGGAUUCCCUCAAUCAGAAGGUGGAGGCGCUGCGACUAGAAGUGCGAAAAGCCGAGCGUGCCAAGAAAGAGAUGGAGGCCCAGGCUGAAGAGUGGUCUGCUGAGGCUCAGAAAGAGAAGAAGCUGAAGGAACGCAGUGAGCAGUACAGCAGACAGCUGGAAGAGGAGCUGGAGGGAAUGAAGCAGAAGCAGGUGGGCCGUUCUCCAAACGUUGGGUCAUCUGAGCAACACCAGGAGCUCAGUAAAUUACGAGCAGACCUGGAGAACAAGACCGCUUUCUAUGAAGAAGAGCUUUCACGCAGAGAACAGCAACAUGCCAAUGAACUAAAGAACCUGAAGAAGGAGCUGCGGGAAUCUGAGGGACAGCAGCUCACCUUAAAGAAAGAAAUCAUGAUGCUCAAAGACAAGCUGGAGAAGACUCGCCGAGAGAGUCAGUGCGAACGAGAGGAGUUUGAGAGCGACUACAAACAGAAGUAUGAGAGAGAGCGAGUGCUGCUGUCAGAGGAGAACAAGAAACUUUCCAGCGAACUUGACAAGAUGGCGUCUUCAUUUGAGAAGCUGAGCUGCACUCACAAACAGCUGGAGGAGGAGAUGAGAGAACUGGCUGAUAAGAAAGAGAGUGUGGCUCACUGGGAGGCCCAGAUCACAGAAAUCAUUCAAUGGGUCAGUGAUGAGAAAGAUGCUCGAGGUUAUCUGCAAGCUUUGGCUACUAAGAUGACAGAAGAACUGGAAGGCCUGAAGAACGCCAGUCUGGGUGCACGUGCUACUGACAUGCCAUGGAAGAUGAGACGCUUGGCUAAGCUGGACAUGUCUGCCCGUCUGGAGCUGCAGUCUGCACUGGAUGCUGAGAUUAGAGCCAAACAAACCAUCCAGGAUGAGCUCAACAAAGUCAAGGCAUCGCAUAUGGCCACUGAAUGCAAGCUGGAGGAGUCAGAUAAGAAGAACCAGGACCUGCAGGCAGAGAUCCAGAGGCUGAAACAGGAAACUGAGAGUCUGCGCACGUCCAAAGGGGUCAAGCACCAAGACUCCCAGAAUUCCUUUCUGGCAUUCCUCAAUGCUCCGACCUCGGCCCUGGAUCAGUUUGAUCCCUCCACUGCCUCUGGGUCGGCUGGCAAAGGCAGACGUAUUGAUUCCAUCGAUAACUUCAGCCUGUCUAACACUCCUUCCCGGGAGGAAGAUGGAAGAUCCCAGGUUACAUCCCACUCUCGCUCACCCUCUACCACCAGCGAUAUGGAGUCUCAAGAGGUAGAUCAGCCACAACGAGGUGCACAAACUCCCAUGCGGUCAGGAUACAGCUCUGGUCACAGCACACCUAAACCAAAAGCCCAUCAGUUUGUGGUGAAGACCUUCAGUACUCCCACUAAAUGUAACCAGUGUACGUCUCUAAUGGUGGGACUCAUCCGACAGGGCUGUACGUGUGAAGUCUGUAACUUCUCCUGUCACGUGACGUGUGCGGACAAAGCUCCCGCCGUGUGUCCGAUCCCGCCAGAUCAAACCAAAGGACCGCUGGGUAUUGACCCCCAGAAGGGCAUCGGCACGGCUUAUGAGGGCCACGUCAAGGUGCCCAAACCAUUAGGUGUGAAGAAGGGAUGGCAGAGGGCCAUCGCUGUGGUUUGUGACUUCAAACUUUUCUUAUAUGAUGUCCCAGAAGGCAAAGCUGCUCAACCUGGUGUUGUGGUGAACCAGGUCAUUGACAUGAGGGAUGAAGAAUUUUCUGUUAGCUCAGUUUUGGCGUCAGAUGUCAUUCAUGCGAACAGGAAGGACGUUCCCUGUAUUUUUAGGGUGACAGCAUCACAGCUUUCCACUUCCAGCAAUAAGAAAUGCUCCAUCUUGAUCCUGGCUGACAGCGAUCAGGAAAGAAACAAGUGGGUCGGCCUCCUGAAUGAGCUGCACCGUCUCUUGAAGAAGAGCAAGCUGAAAGAACGCUUUGUUUACGUCCCUAAAGAAGCGUAUGACAGUGCACUGCCUCUCAUCAAAACCACACAGUCUGCUGCUAUUAUAGAUCAUGAGAGGAUAGCCCUGGGCAAUGAGGAAGGCUUGUACAUUAUUCAUGUUACCAAAGAUGAGAUUAUCAAAGUAGGAGACAAUAAAAGGGUCCAUCAGAUUGAGAUGAUCCCAUCGGAACAGUUAAUCGCUGUGAUAUCGGGACGAAACGGCCACGUGCGUCUCUACCCAAUGGCAGCCUUGGAUGACCGUGAGGCUGAUUUUCAAAAGAUAGCAGAGACCAAAGGCUGCCAAAGUCUAGUUUCGGGCACAAUCAGACAAGGAUCUCUCACAUACCUCUUUGUGUCAAUGAAAAAACCUGACAAGGUGAUGAUCUUCGAGCUCAACAAGAGCAAAACCCGACAUCGGAAGCUGCGGGAUAUCAUCGUCCCGGGGGCUGUGCAGUGGAUGGGUCUCCAGGGUGACAAGCUCUGCGUGGGCUUCCAGUCGGGGUUCCUGCGCUAUAAUCUUCAGGGGGAUGGAACUACUAACAGCCUUCUCCACCCGGAUGAUCACACCCUGGCCUUCGUUGAGCAGCUCAGCCUGGAUGCUCUUUGCGCUGUGGAGAUCUCUAGUAAAGAGCUGCUCUUGUGCUUCAGCAGUAUUGGCGUGUAUGUGGACUGUCAGGGCAGACGGUCACGACAACAGGAACUGAUGUGGCCAGCUACGCCCACCGCAUGUCGUUAUAAUGCACCUUAUCUGUCAGUGUAUAGUGAGAAUGCAGUGGAUGUAUUUGACGUCAACACUAUGGAAUGGAUUCAAACAAUGCCUUUGAAAAAGGUUCAUCCUCUGAACGCUGAUGGCUCUCUAAACCUGCUGGGGCUGGAGACCGUACGGCUCAUCUACUUUAAAAACAAGACAGCAGAAGGAGAUGAACUGGUGGUGCCAGAGACAUCUGAUAACAGUCGCAAACAGAUGGUGCGCAGUAUGACGAGCAAACGCCGCUUUUCGUUCCGCAUACCGGAGGAGGAGAGAGUUCUGCAGAGGAGGGAGAUGCUGAGAGACCCAGAAAUGAGGAAUAAGUUGAUUUCAAACCCAACAAACUUCAACCAUGUGGUUCAUAUGGGCCCGGGAGACGGGAUCCAGAUCCUGAAGGAUCUGCCAAUGCCCGGUUCUCCUCUCCCCUCUCCUCGUCUGCGCCUCAUCUCCACCCCUACAAGCUUUGAGCAUGUCUAUCACAUGACUGUCACCUCUGCUGACAACUUCCUGUCCCAGGACUCCUCCCCUCUCUCCUCCCACUCCUUGUCCCUCAGCUCCGCCCCUGGGACCCCUGCUUCCAUCUGCUCUCUGAAUGUGCGCCCUCAGGAGAGCCGUGGUGUCCUGGGAGCAUCCGUCAGCAUUCCCUCCAUCAGCAAGGCCAGGCCUGAACCGGGCCGAUCUAUGAGUGCCAGCAGCGGCCUCGGCACACGCUCCUCUCAAAAUGGCAGUGCACUGAGACGGGACCUUUCCGUCGGCAGCUACGGUUCCACCAAACGACAGAUGACAUCACCUUCCGAUGGCUCGCUCUCAUCCGGAGGGGGCAUGGACUGCGGUGGUGACGCCCCCCUAUCCCAGUUUGACAGAGAGGAUUCAGACUCACCACGUCACUCCACAGCCUCCAACAGCUCCAACCUGAGCAGCCCACCGAGCCCUUCAUCCCCACACAAGAGCAAGACUCAGUCUCUGGAGCGCAGCGAACACCUGGGCUGGGAGACAUGAGCUUUAUCCCUGCCCACUUCCUUCUGACGUCCUUUGGGGCCCCGAGACUGAGAGCCGACUCCUUAUACGUCAUAUUCCUAAACACGCCGCUGGGCCCAGGUGUGUGUGUUUGCGUGUAUUGGUGUGCACAUGCAUUACACGUGUGAAUGUUUUACACACGCAUAUUACCGUGCACCUUACAUCCCUUUUGAGUGGACCCAUCACCACUGUUCCUGUGUUGGAUGGGGGAACAGACCACUGAGUGUAGCUUAUCACCUACCGCCCACAGGUGUGGACGGGGUCGAAAACGACAAACGCAGAGCUUUAACGUGAAUUUAUCAGUGUUUGUUGACAAGUGUGCCUCAUCUAACACAAGAAAAAAAUAUGCAUACGAAAGUCUUAAUGGACCGGGGGGGAUGUUAUUUUAAACGCAUAACACUAAAGAUCAUGAAAACAUUCAUCAAGGAUCAUGGGAAAACUGUUCCUGGCAUUCCAGUCUGUUUAAUAAAACAUGAACACUUCAAUUACGUUCAGCCCCAAUAGAUAGAGUGGCACUACUGUAUAACUCAGCCUCUACCCUCCAGUGCCAUGCUGACCUUCACAGUCAGAGGUCAGAGUUCAAGAAUAGAUUCUGAGUUCAAUAAUGUAAAUAGAGUUUAAGUAGAGUAUAAUAUAUAAUGAAAUCAUAACACUAUUCUGUUGUUAAAUAAGUGUGACUUGGCUUUGAGAGAGUCUUCUUUCUUUUUUGUUUUCCGUGUCAAGGUUCUAGUCAAUUAUGCAGACGUUUUGUCAAUUUAAGCAUUAUUUUUGUCAAGAUAUGCUAGUUUUUCGUAAUUCCACUGAAUUUGUCAAGAUUUGGAAGGGAACACUACAAAAAAAGUAUUUAGCCUCUUUUAUGAAACACAAGGAGAAUAAUUUUUGUGUAAAUUGUUUGUAAAGCCAUUCUUAUGUACAUUUUUCCAUCGAAUAUGACGUUAAAAAGCUUGCAAUGAAAUUGUUUAUAAAAACGUUCAUGCAUAAAUUGUUGCAUUAAACAUUCAUAAAACUGGUUUGUAUAUUGUUAAACUAAAAGCAAGGUACAUAAGACCACAGCAAAUUGUUUAUAAAACAAUUAUUUCGUAAGUUAUCAUAUUGAAUCUAAGAUUAGCAAGCUUACUAUUAAAUUUUGUGUACGUUUUCGCAUUAAAUGAAAGAUUCACAAGGUCACAAUAAAAUUUUAAAAACUGUUCUUGCAUAAUUGUCGAAUUCAGUGCAAGAUUCACAAGGUCACAGUAAAAAAAUUUAAAAACCGUUCUUGCAUUAAUUCACAUUAAAUGCAAAAUUCGCGAGGUUG